AUGCAUACUUGCAGCAGUGGCGUUGGGAGGGCCAGACAUCCAAAGGCAUCAAAAAUAUGGGUUGCCGAUAUAGUGCUUCAGAAAGUUAGAGACAGACCAUUGUAUAGACUAAUUGAUAUCAAGAAGGAUAUUAAAAAAGAUUUUGACAUUCAUCUUCCUUACGGGCAAGCCUGGCUUGUUAAAGAGGUUGCUAGAUUUGCAUUACAUGGUGAAGAUUAUGCAUCAUUUGAUCUCUUGCAAUGGUAUGGUGAAAUAGUGGCUGAGACUAACCCAGAAGGUUUAUUUGUACUUGAGUAUCCAGAUAGACAUUUUGAGAGGAUGUUUAUAUGUUUUCAUGCAUGUUUAGUUGGAUUCAAAAGUGGAUGCCGCUCUUUAUUGUUCAUAGAUGGAACCCAUAUCCUUAAUAGAUACGGUGGUGUAAUGCUCUCAGCAGUGGUACUUAACGCUGAGAAUGGGAUGUUUUUACUAGCUUUUGCUAUUGUUGAUAGAGCAAAAGGCUUGACAAAGGGUGUGAGGACUUCAUUUCCUAAUGCUACCAAUGGUUAUUGUUUGCGGUAUCUAAAGGAGAAUUUCAAGAAAAAGCUCGAUGGGUUGUCGGCAGCACAAAAAGAAAAGAUGUUGAGCCUACUUGAUAGCGCAGCUUAUGCACUACAGAUAUCACAAUUCAUUGGUUAUAUUAGUGAUAUAAGAGAGAUUUCAUCAAAGGCAUGUGAAUGGAUUGAAUGUGGCUCAGAUAUUGAUCACUGA